AUGUCUUUCUCUGGCAAAUAUGAAGCGGAACAUGAAGAAAACUAUGACAGUUUUGUGAAGCGCAUUGGUCUUUCUGCUGACUUAACUGAAAAAGGAAGAAAUGCCAAGGUCGUUACUGAAGUAGUACAAAAUGGAGAUGAAUUCACCUGGUCCCAGAUUUACCCAGGAGGGAAAAUCAUGACUAACAAGUUUGUUAUCGGCAAGGAAUCAGAAAUGGAGACUAUGGGUGGCAAAAAAUUCAAGGCCACAGUUAAAAUGGAAGGUGGAAAAGUGGUUGCUGACUUCCCUAAUUAUCAUCAUACCGCAGAGAUCGCUGAGGGCAAACUAGUAGAGAUUUCUACAGUUGCUGAUGUAACUUACAAGAGAAUCAGCAAGAGGCUGGCAUGA